AUGCCCAAAAACCUCAUCCUCAAUGCAUUCGCAAUGCACUCCCCCUCCCACCUCAACCCCGGCCUAACCCGCUAUCCCAACGACACCGGCCGCUCCUACAAAUCCAUCCACCACUGGAUCGCCAUCGCCAAAAAGCUCGAGGCCGCCAAAUUCCACGCCAUCUUCUUCGCAGACGUUCUCGGCGGGUACGACGUCUACAAGGGGCCUCACAAUCUCGCGCCCGCCAUCCCAGCCGGAGCCCAGUAUCCCAUCAACGACCCGCUGUAUGCGAUAUCCGCCAUGGCGGCUGCGACGGAGAGCUUGUCAUUUGGCGUCACCGCGUCAACGACGUAUGAUAGCCCGUAUGCGCUGGCAAGACGGUUCUCGACAGUCGACCAUCUGAGUAACGGGCGAGUGGGCUGGAACAUAGUAACGAGUUACCUCGAGUCCGCGGCGCGGAAUUUCGGGCUCAACACACAAGUCGAGCAUGAUGAGCGGCAUCGCAUCGCGGACGAGUAUUUGGAGGUUGUGUAUAAACUCUGGGAGGGGUCGUGGAGGGAUGAUGCCGUCAACGCGCCUGGCGAGGGGAAUGGGUAUGCGGAUCCGAAUGGCGUCAGGGAGAUUAACCACCAGGGCAAGUAUUUCACUGUCCCCGGUCCGCAUCUGUGUGAGCCUAGUCCGCAGCGUACGCCGUUCCUGUUACAGGCUGGGACGUCGUCGGCGGGAAAGGCGUUUGCGGCGAAACAUGCCGAGGCGAUAUUCGUGCAUGGUCAGCAGCCUGAGCUCAUCAAGCCGUCGAUUGAGAGUGUGAGGGCACAGGCGGCUGAGUUUGGACGGGAUCCAGCUGAUAUCAAAGUCGUGGCUGGGGUGUUGGUGAUUGUGGCAGAAACCGACGCUGCAGCACAGGAGAAAUUCAACCAUCUUGCUUCGUUUGGCGAUCGUGAAGGUGCCCUUGCUCUAUUCGGCGGAUGGUCGGGCUACGAUCUCUCCACGUACGAUGACGAUCAGGAUUUCAGAUUCGUCGAGCUCCCCGCUGUGCGGAGUAUGGUGAAUCACUGGGCGAGCACAGUCCCUGGCACGGAGGGCAAGAAGUGGGAUAAGAAGACUAUCGCUGAGUAUCUGGUGCUUGGAGGGAACGGGGCGAAGAUCAUCGGGAGCGUACAGACUGUGGCUGAUGAGUUGGAGCGAUGGGUGGACGUUGCAGGUAUUGAUGGGUUCAAUCUGAGUUAUGCGAGUAUCCCCGAGACAUUUGAUGAUAUUAUCGAGUUGUUGUUGCCCGAGUUGAGGCGACGGGGACUAUUCUGGGAUGAUUAUGCAGUCAAAGGAGGGACAUUCAGAGAGAAUGUAUAUGGACAAGGACAGAAUCGGCUGAAAGAGUCGCAUCCAGGGUCGAAAUAUGUGUGGAAACAGGGAGAGGAAGUCCCUUCAUAUGCGAAAUAA